UGUAUAGUCAUAGGCAGUAAAAAUAAUUUACUUUUUACGACUGAAUACUUCUGAGAGUAUGAACCUUUCCAACGGUAUCUUUUCUAAAUAUGUUUAACUUUUUAUAGGACAUUUUUUUUUGUUGUAUCGCAAAAAUCAAUCCUGACACUUAAAAAUAUCGAUAGUUAUUCUACAACUCUACUCUAACCAUUGGAUUUCGAUCAUUUGUUAAGAACGCGAGCCAUAAAAUCAAAAUUGAAUUGAAUUACAAUUUUAUAUUAAAUUGAAUUAUUGUUUUUUUAUAUUUGUUUACCAUUGAAUAAAAUAAAAUGUUACGUAGCCUUAGAAGAUGCAUCGUUCGAAGAAAUUGUGCGCAAAUAUUAGUGCCGAAAUGCACAUUUUUAACUAAUGAAUACAAAUGUGAUGAAGCUUGGAAUGUACAGAUAUCUUCACCAAUACUAAGUAAAGUAAAUCUCAAUGACUUCUACAAUAUAUUAGAUCAAAAUUUUCUAUCUAAGGGAGUUAUAAGUGCUAUUGAUGUAGACAUAUUUGCAAAUGCAGUAAGAGAUCCAGCUUAUCUUGAUGAACUUAAAGAUCUUUUGCACAAGCUUCGGCUUUCGGCAGAGACAGGUAAUACAUUAGAGUCGACUUAUUAUGCAACUAUUAGAAACUAUAUGGAGUUUGGUAAUAUUCAGGAACUAAUAGAAAUCCUUAGAGAUCCUUUAAACUUUGGUGUGUUUUUGGACUUCUAUUCAGCUAAUAUUUUACUAGAUAAAUUAAUUACAUCUCAAAGUUAUGAGCAUGCUUCAAAUGUAGCUUCAUUUAUAAUGCUACAAGAGGACUUUACAAAUGAUAUAACCAACACACUUUGUCAAUAUGCUAGUUACAAAUACCUCUGUGAGUACAAGAGUCCUGCUGAAGCACCAAUGUCGCAAGAAGAAAACAAAAAGAAAGAAGAAAUCAAAAUAAGGAUAAAAUUCUUGCGAAAUCCAUAUUUCGAUGAUCACUUUGACAUAAAGGAUCUGAAAACAUUGUCUGGAAAAACUUUAGCUUGGAUAUCCAAAAAUAAUAACAAUAAUCUAAAUUUUAAUGUACAAAUUAUAGGUUGGUUAUUUUAUAAAAAAUAUGACAAGUUACUAUCAUUGUGUAAAGAAUUAGUUGAAAACAAAACCUUUAAAUUGUAUCCUGAAGUAGUAGAAUUAAUUAACAAGGAAAUUGAAACUCAACAAGAUGACACUAAAACAAUAUUAACUCAAUGCAUUGGUGUAUUGAGCAAAGCAGUCGUCACUGAAACUAUAUUAGAAGAUUCACUUAAAAUGGCAAUAGAAAAUGCAAUCAAUAGAACACAAAAUAAAGAUAUUGCUGUACAAAAACAAUUAUUUUUAAAUUGGGAACAAAUUCGGGAAGACAAACUUGAAGAGCAAUCAAAGCGCCUGGAUAGAGCAAACCGUAUGAAAAAUAUUGUUGAAAAGCAAAAACGAAUGCAGGUUGAGGAACAAAAACUUUGGUUCUUUGAAAAUGAAGAGGAUAUUGAUUUACAAAUUGAAGAAAAAGAAAAACUUGUAGACCCAGCAUCAGUCAAAAAGGUAGCACAGCAAAAAGAUGAUGAAAAUUAUAUCCCACCAGAAAUUUUACCUAAGCGAAAAUAAAUACUAUAAAAUUAAA